AUGCUAAAUAAUCAAUCGGAUCUUUCCAUGAAUUUCUUUCAACAAACUCACAUGGGAAAAAUGAGUUUAAUUACAUUAAUGAAAAAUUUACCAGAUAAGAAAUUACCAAAUAUCCCAGAGAUAAUCUAUGAUAAAAAUGGUCGAUAUUUAAAACUAAAAGAAGAUAAUAGUAUUAAAAAAAUUUUUAUCAAGAAAUCAAUUAAACAAAUUGAACGAGAUAAUGAAUCAAUCAACGAUAUUAUUCAACAACGAAGUGUUUCAGGUUAA